AGGUCCCACCAUUGCAGAGUGGAGCUCAUUGUACAGUAUCAUAAUCGAACGAGAAAACAAGCUGCCAAUGGGAAUCCAACGCCGCUCUCGGUUCUUAUGAAACCAAAAGAAAAAGAGGGAAACAACAUCUGGGAAAGCUCAUUUUCAAGAAAUCACACUGAUUACAUCACAGAAAACGACGCCCUUUCAGUUCCUACGAUAUACCCCAAAACCCUAGCCCCAGCUUCGGUGGUAUCGAAUUCCAGAAAAUUUCAGCAGCCAUAGCUUCACGUUCCGCUUGUUUGGCUGGAGAGAGAAUUUGGCGUUUUUGCCCCAUAUUCAGCAGCAAAGCAUGGAAAAGUCUGAGGCAGAAGGAUGUGGAUACUUUUUGGAAACACCCAACAAACUAUUUGAAAAUUGUUGGAGAAGUCCUUGGACGCUAAUGAGUCCUACUUAAGAAGGCAAAGAAACUUGAAUCACAAGGGUUACAGCAGAGCAUAGUCAAGCCAGAAAGGGCACCUGUGUUUGAAGAACUACUUCAUAAUGUUUUACACAUCCGUCAUCCAAAACCAAUCGAUUAUUUCAAUCGAAUAGAUUUGAUUCGUAUCUUCAAUGUCAUUUCAAAGGAAAUACAUGGUUGAUACUAACUAGAGGAUGUAGCAAGCAUGGUGCAAGUGCAAAUAGGGAAUUACCUUCAAUUAUUUGAUAGAAAGAGCAGGUGGUUAUCAUAGGAAGAAAUUAGGAAAUGGUGAUGACUUUACUAUUGUGGAGGGAUUUGGUUCUUUCUUGAUGGAUAUGUUUAGUGCUGGAAGUGAUUUGGAUUUAUCUAUUAAUUUUGGUAACUAUGAAGUUGAAGUUAGUCGAGCAAAAAGGAUUCAAACCCUUCGGAAGUUUGAGAAAAAGUUGAAAGCUCUGCAAAGGAUAGGGCAUGUGUCCAAUGUUAUCUUAAUCACAGGUGCCAGGGUGCCAAUUUUGAAAAUUACUGAUCGUGGCACUGGAAUUGAAUGUGAUAUAUCUGUCGAGAACAGGGAUGGAAUUGCAAAAUCCCGUAUUAUCCGCAUGGUCUCUUCAAUUGAUCAUAGAUUUCAGAAGCUAAGUUUUUUGAUGAAAGCUUGGGCAAAAGCACAUGACAUUAACAGUUCCAAAGAACAUACCCUGAACUCUUUAUCCAUUAUCUUGUUGGUUGCUUUCCAUCUGCAGACUCGAGAUCCACCUAUAUUACCUCCAUUCUCUGUCAUACUUAAAGAUGGAUCUGAUAUGGAAACUGUUACAAAGAAUGUCAUUAAUUUCUUGGGUUAUGGGGAAGUGAAUAAAGAAUCACUUGCUGAGCUCUUUGUUACAUUAUUACUCAAGCUUCAAUCAAUUGAAACACUUUGGUCCAAAGGCCUCUGUGCCAGUAUAUAUGAUGGAUCUUGGAUAUAUAAAACAUGGGAUUCUGGUGUUGGUUGUAUUAAUGUUGAGGAUUUCACUGACCGGUCCCAGAAUGUUGCAAGGGCUGUUGCAACGAAACAAGUGACUAAGAUCUACAAGUGCAUCCAUCAUUCUCUUCAUUGGAUUUCAGUCUUCAUGAAUGGCCGGAUGGAAGGACCCAAGUUAAGGCGGCGUUUGUUUGGUCAAGACCAUGUACCUAAACCUCUGUCUGGUCCAGGUCAAUUACCUGUUCCAGAGGAUGGAGGUAAAAGUCUUGAUGAAAAUGCAGCGAGUGCCCUGACCCAAGAUGACUUUAUUCAGACGAAGAAGCCACGAUUAAUGGAUGGUUGGGCAGGACAGAAGCAUGAUUCUGUUGAGCUUGCAAGCAAUGUAGCUUGGCCUUCUACACAACAUUUGGUUUAUCAAGCUCAUCAGUUUGCUCCGGGUCCACCUCAACUUCCCUUCAGUCCUCUGCAGAACCCAGUAUGUUUUGCUGGGUCACAGAGUUUGAAUGUGAUGCCUCCAAUGCCUUCCAUGGGGCCAAUGCAUGGCUGGGGAGGACAGCAGCAUGCUCCUGGUGCAGCUACAAGCACUGCAGCUGGGCCUUUUGCUAUACCCUUUGCUUAUCAAGUGCUUCAGGCUGCUCUUGGUUUGCCUCAACUCCUUGAUGUUCCUCUUCAACAACCGGCAUCUGCUCCUCUGCAGACCAUGCUACAUUCCCAUGGGCUACAGGGUUCAACGACAACAGUCCCAAGGCCUUCUGCUGAGCUACCUUAUGCGCGACACAACUGACCUUUGAGAGAAGUAAAGCGCAAGAAGUAAGCCAUUCCCCAAACCUUCUGCCAGAAUCCACUUGUGUGGUUUCUUGAAGAGAUCUACACCCAAGCUAUAGCAUAGUCAUAAUUUAAUACCUUUAAGAGCACCAAUUUGGAGAAGUUAGCAUCAGAAGAGGAAUAUUUUCUUAGCUGUACACUUGUUAUUUCCAGCCAUGCAAAUUGUAAAUAUAACAGUAAGUUACCAAAGAAUUGAAGCUUUUUAGCUACCAUUGUGUGGGAAAGGAAGACAAUAUUGGUGAGCCAACUUUACUUUUCUCUUCAAUUUUUUUAAAAACUUCAACUUGGGCAUGGGGUUGUGUAUAUAAGUCCUUGGAGUAAUCUCGGAAGUUAUUGUUUUUAUGUGGAACAAAUAGGUCGUUCUGAGUUGCGUUUGACUUUGACGUUCAGAUUAGAAAUGGUAGUUGUAUACUUGUAUUUGCUGUGCUAUUGAAUAUUAGCCCUGUUUGGGAUUAUGAUUAACUUGUACGUUUAAAAGGAGAAGAAAGGAUGAGUAGAAUUUAAUAAACAAGGAAUAUGAGAAAACAGAGUGGUUUAUUAUUAUUAUUAUUAUUAAUUAAAAAUAAUAAUAAAAUCGAAGUAAUAAGCAUUACCACCAAUUUUAGCCUAACAACUAAGCUUGGUUGUUCGAGGGUGACACGUGGCAUAAGAUAUUCUCUAACAUGUUAGAGAGACUACUUUUAGGGAGUGGAGUCGGGACUUUCUGUUCUCUCCUGCGAAGUGACUGUUUUAGAGGGCAGUGCGGCAGCGGAGAGCCUGCUUUUUGGUUGGGUUAUAAAGAGGAUUUUCUCUGGAGUAGGCGGCAAGAAAAGCGGUGAGCGAGAAGAAAAGAGAGGGAGAGGAAGAAGAGGAGAAGAGCAGAGGAGGAUGGUUUAGCUGGCUGAUUGGCUCUCACUGGUUUUGUUGAUUUUGGCGAGGAGAGGGGAGAGGGAGCACCAUUGUUUCUUUGAGUGGGGGACUGUUGGUCACCGGAGCUAAGAAGGAUAUUCAUUUGUGGUGGCCGUUUUUGGAGGGCUGUAGAGGAGAGGAAAAACCAGAGUAAAAGGAGCAGAGGGAGGGGAGAACCAGAGGACAGUUCGUGGAUUUCCGGGGAACUUUUGGAGAAAGAACAGUUAGAAGCCCAGCGCACCUUGCUGGAGAGGAGCCCUUUCAGGUAUGGUUAUUGUGGAUUUCCCAUUCGUUUCAACCGGUAUGCUUUUCUUCUAUUUUUCUGCAGAUUCUUGGGUGCUGUUUGUUGAUUGGGAGUAGACAUUAAAGGCUACAUGUUUGUUGCAGCUGAUCUCUAGGUUUGUUUGGUUGUGUUAUAGCAUGUUCAUAUCCCUCUUUUUAUUGGUUUUUGUUGAAGAUUAGUUUGGCCCUGUUUCAGUUUCCCCCUGAGAUGUCUGCAACCAUGUUUUGAUUUCUAUUUAAUAUCCGUUUGGUUUCACUUACCCACAUCUAAGCCCGUUGAUUGAAACAUGAAACGUGGCUUUGGUAGCUUUAUAUUUGCUUCGUUCGUUUGUGCUCUGUUUUUUUGUUAUUCUCCUGUUUUUGGUAUCCUGCCUUGUUACACAUCAGUUUGCACAUCCCUACCUGAGGGAGCUGGGCACUGCAGACACAAAACAUUGGUUUGUGGGUGUAAAGGGUUGUAGUAGCUAUCUGGUUUGUGUGGAUGCUCAGAAUGAGCUGUGGGUAUUGCUGAAGGAAGAUCUUAGCUCAUGGGUGUUGAAGGUGAUUGAGGCUCCUUUGGAUGGUAUUGUGAUUGUUAAGUCUGACCCUGUUGUGUCCUUCCUUGAGGCUGUCCUUGAGAAGUCUUGCAGAUCUGUGAAGAGUGAGUCCCCGAACAAACAACCGUCUCUGUAUAGAGACCUGACCUUCAGGGAAAAGUCUUGCAGAGACCAUUGACGAUGGCUGCAUUGGUCCAAGGGAUGAUCUCAGUGCUUGUUUCAAGAUCUUUUUCUGAGAAGCUUGGUUGGGACAAGGAUUUUAUUAAUCAAAUCCGAUGUUUUGGACCUGAGACCACUGAUCCUAACAUGGUGGUUGAUAUGCGUAAGGGAGUUUAAUAUCUUAAUGAAAUCAAGGAUUCUGUUGUGCUGGGCCUCGGUGGGCAUCAAAGGAAGGUGCAUUGGCUGAAAGCCAUGUGAGGGGUAUUUGCUUUGAAGUCUGCAAUGUGGUCUUUCAUGCUGGUGCAAUUCACAGAGGAGGUGGUCAAGCCAAUAAUUGUGAAAUUAAUGGAAUGUAAGAUGGACUAAAUGAAUCAAGUUGGGACUAUGAGCCACUGUACAGAGUCUAUAUUUGGACAGCAGCAAUGACAGAACCUUCAAUCAAAGCGACUGACAUGGAGUUGACUCUCUCUACUGGGCCUACUGAUUCCAAUAUACCAAGCUUGUAACCUGGUUGCAAGGGAGAGUUAUUGAUACUAGUUUGAAGCUACAGAACACUGAAGCCCAUCAUUUUUCAAAGUCAGAAUUUUCUUUUGGGGAAAAUGGGGCAAGAAUAUGUUAGCAUUCAUUCCACUGGUAACCAAGUGGAUGAUCUUUCGGUUCCCUCCCAAAAUCGGGCCACUCAUUUCUUGGCUUUAAAUAAUGACUGGAGUUAGGGACUUUGACCAUUUUUGGGUUGAAGGUCCAGCUGGACAUACAGAAACAAAGAAAUCUUACUAUCCUUUAGCCGUUAAUGGCACAUUGAUGGAGGAAAUGACCUCCCUAGAGAUUUCCUGUCCGAGUUGUACCAUUCAAUCUGCAAAAGGACUUGCCCACUUGCACGAGGAUUGUUGCCUUAAGAUCAUUCAUUGUGAUAUCGAGGCAGACUCCUGAUCAGACUUUAUACUGAUAAAGGGAAGUUUGCCCUCACAUUGAUUCUCAUGUCAGCUUCGUGGAUUCUGUGCUAUCUUUGGAGGUUUUAGUUCGAGCACCAGAAGGGUUCUCUCUAUGGUACGGACCCCAUUCAACAAUGGUGCACCUGCUGUCAAGCUUGAAGGGUUUUCUGAUGCUUCAGAAGCCAAUGAAUAAUGGUGUUCCCCUCAAAUUUUUUGUUUUUUUUUUGAAGAGUUUUUAAAAAUUUCUUAUCAAAUACCAUUGUUUUUAGAAAAUACUAAAAUAGGUUCAUUAGGGUCAUUCCGAUUAUAUAUUUUUAUAUAGAACAGCUUUAUUGAUACGAUUAAUGCUUAAAAGUUGUAUAUACAAA